AUGGAGCUGUGGAAGCGGCUGGAGCAGGCUGGACUGGCCCCCCCGGGGCUGGGCCCACCCCCCAGGGCCCUGAGGGGCGUCCCCCCGGUGGAGAGCCCGCGCCAGACCCUUAUGUCCCCCACGGAAGACCCUGGAGGUGCCAGGCAGAGUCUCUUGUGGAUCUGGGAGGAGCUGGAGAACAUGCGCCGAGUGGAUGUCCAGCUGCUGGCCCAGCUGUGCAGACUGGGGCUGGAGAUGGGCGCACUUUGGGAGGAACUGACGGCCAACGUGGAAGAAGAGGAGGAGGAGGAGAGCGGCGAGGAAGAGGAGGAGGACAAAGAGCCCCAGGAGAAGCAGGGGCAAGGACACCAGGGACCCUCCUGGGUGGACUUACGGACGCCUGACUUUGAGAUGAUAAUCUGA